UAAUUUUCCGAUUGUGUUUCAUUUAAAAAAAAACCACGAAUUUUACUAAUUAUUUGUAUUGUCUAAAUAUAUUAUCCGAAAUUUCAACUGAAUAAUAGAUAGUCAAGUGAAAUCUAAUUCACAAAAUAAACAAAAUAAUUUGAUAUAUGGGUACAAAAAAAUGGAUUGUAUUUCAAUUGUUUCGGAACAGGCUGAAUGGGUUUGGGUUUAAAUUUGUUUGGUCUUCAUGGGCCAGAAACCCAAAGAAAAUUGGGCCGUUUGCUAACGGCCACCGAUUGCAUUUGCAGGUCUACAUAGUAUACAUGGGCGACCGUCCGCGACCCGGAAUCGCUGGAACUGCUGCUGCUGCUUCUGCUUCUCUCCACAUAAGUCUCCUUCACCAGGUCACCGGCAGUGCCACCGCUGCUUCCGAGUCCCUGGUUUGCAGCUACAGCAGGAGCUUUAAUGGCUUUGCCGCCAGGCUGACCAAGACCGAGUCGGAGAAACUUUCUGGGUAUGAAGGUGUAGUGUCUGUUUUCGCCAGUCAGAAGAGAGAACUCCACACGACAAGGUCAUGGGACUUCCUGGGUUUCCAUCAGAAUGUCAAGAGAACGACUGUGGAGAGCGACAUUAUCAUUGGGAUGCUCGACACCGGAAUUUGGCCAGAGUCACAGAGCUUCAACGAUUCUGGAUACGGGCCACCUCCGCAGAAAUGGAAGGGCAUCUGCCAAUCCUCUGCCAAUUUCUCCUGCAACAACAAGAUCAUUGGAGCCAAAUGGUACCAUGCUAGGCGCAACUACAGUGAACAUGACAUUCUCUCGCCAAGGGAUUCUCUAGGUCAUGGAACUCACACAGCUUCUACAGCAGCAGGCAACUUGGUCACUCCAGCAAGUCUUUUUGGCCUUGCCUCCGGGACUGCACGAGGAGGUGUGCCCUCUGCCCGACUCGCCGUUUACAAGAUCUGUUGGUCUGAUGGCUGCUUUGAUGAGGACACUCUAAGGGCAUUCGAUGAUGCAAUUGCUGAUGGAGUCGACAUUAUUUCCAUCUCGGUCGGCGGAUUGUUUGCAAAGGAUUACUUUCACGACCCCAUUGCUAUAGGAGCUUUCCAUUCCAUGAAGAACGGAAUACUCACGUCCAACUCAGCAGGUAAUAGUGGCCCUUCUCCAGGAACAUUGUCUAAUUUUUCUCCUUGGUCACUCUCUGUGGCUGCUAGCACCAUGGACAGAAAGUUCGUGACUGCGGUGAUGCUGGGUGACGGGAGAACUUAUGAGGGAGUCUCUAUAAACACCUAUUCUCCCAGAAGGUUCUAUCCUCUUGUUUAUGGUGGAGAUGCGGGGAAUAAUAAAUCUGGAACGAUUGCAACUGAUGCGAGGUAUUGCGCUGCAGGAAGCUUGAACAAGACUUUGGUGCGAGGAAAGAUUGUGCAUUGUGAUGCUAUUGGUUGGGGAACACUCACAGUGGGCGCAGCUGGUGCCAUAAUGGGUUCCUCUUUGGUUGAAGAUCAAGCAUCUUCCUUCCCUUUACCUGUUUCCAUCUUAACGGAUGCUGAAGGAGCCACCAUUGUGGAGUACAUAAACUCAACCAGUGAUCCAAUAGCACAAAUAUUUAUGACUCAAGACUACAUGGAUAAUUCAUCUGCAUAUGUCAUCAGCUUUUCUUCAAGGGGUCCGAACCCUAUAACAAGAAACAUUCUUAAGCCGGACCUUACAGCACCAGGAGUUAAUAUCCUGGCUGCAUGGUCUCCAGAUGCAGCUCUGACAAAUCUUCCGGGAGACACUAGGAUUGCUCCGUUUAAUGUAAUCUCAGGCACUUCCAUGUCCUGUCCUCAUGCAACUGCAGCAGCAGCUUACGUUAAAUCUUUCCACCCUACAUGGUCUCCGGCAGCCAUCAAGUCUGCUCUAAUGACAACAGCUCAUCCCAUACGUGUCAAAGUCUUACCUGAUGCUGAGUUUGGAUAUGGAUCAGGGCAAGUUGAUCCUUUGAAGGCUGUGGUUCCGGGAUUAGUUUAUGAUGCCGGGUUAAGUGAUUAUGUCAAGUUUCUGUGUGGCCAAGGAUAUACCAAUGCUCAACUCCGUGAGAUCACGGGAGAUCAGAGUUCAUGUAGUUCUGCAGCAACAAAUGAAACGGUAUGGAAUCUUAACUACCCUUCUUUUAUAUUGUCCACGGAGAAGCCAAGGACAUCUGUUACUCGGGUGUUCCACCGGAUAGUCACAAAUGUUGGAUCAGCAACAUCAACCUACAAGGCCAUAGCAAAAACUCCAGUGGGCCUGAUGAUCCAAGUUGAACCACCUGUGUUUUCAUUAAACAACACUGGGGAGAAGCGGUCUUUUGUUGUGACAGUAACUGCUCGCCUGGGGAGGACCAUGUUGUCCGGUUCUUUGGUUCUGAGUGAUGGGACUCAUUCUGUGAGGAGUCCUGUCGUUGCAUUUGUGGCAUCUCAAGAACGUAACUGAUCAGGUGGUUUGGGUUAAGAUCGGGUUCAUUCUCGUAACUGCUAGAUAGUAACUUCUGUUAGGAACGGAAUAACAAAAGGAACGAGGUUACCGAAUCUGGAGCUGAGUCGCGGACUAGGUCGCUUUCUUUAAGACGUUCGCGGCACUGCCUUCGAUGCGCACGGCAGACUAUCAACCGGUCGUCUCUAGGAUAAAACAGCUCCUCUCAAUACUCGCGGUUUUGUGCGAAAACCGAAGCUCUCUAAACACUUUCUCUAUUGUGUUUCUGCUCGUUGUGAUGUGUUUAGAGGGGCUGGGGAGGCGGCUAUUUAUAGGAGCCGAACCCCUAGGAAUAUACCCUCUUGCUUGGGGAAUAAGUCGGAUUAAUUAAG